AUGUCUAAGCGUACUUUGUCUCCUUCCACCUCCUCCCGUCAAACUCGAGCUUCUACCUUGGCAAUCCUGCCUGACGUCGACCCCGAACUCCUCAUGCGUAAAACGAAAAGAAUGAGAAUUACGUCUGAAGCCGCUUCCUCUCAACCCCCAUUGGUUGAUGCGUCUCGACGAGCUCUCGACACCAUUAAGGAGAAGUAUCAAUCCGGUCCUUCUCGCGAAGCACAAUCGCUCCUUGAUGACCAUGUCAUCGAGCAAUAUUUCGACUUCGAAGGGGGUGCUGGGCCAUCUGCCACUGGUGAGAACCUAUCUCCCGCCAAAUCCGUCGACUCCGAACACCCUACCGUCGUCGAAAAUGAAAAUUCUCCCGGUAAGCAACCCACUGGUCCUCCUUCUGAGGCUUCCGACGAACUUGUGGAGGUUCCCGAAGAACUUGGUGACAUCUUUCACGCCCCUCGCAAGGUUACCGUCAACCAGGAACUGGUUAAGUUGCUCGAGGAUCGAAAAGACUCCGAAAUCGCUACCCUUUGGGCCAGCAUGACCUUCCCCUCUGUUCGUCUCGCGUUGAAGAACGAAGCUCUGGACCGUUUCCGCGAAACCAACGCCAUCAAGCCCACUGUAAAGUGGUUUAAGAAUGCUGUAAGUCUCGAAUUCUUUCAAGUUCUAACUUCGCCGUACUUGGUGUCAGAAGUCCUGAGUUACGUGUAG